UGCGUCUUUGGACUCGGGGUGUUCUGGAGACUGAAACCUCACCGGUCAGGAUGGUGUGCAGCAGGAGCGACCUCAGACGCUUUUGUGGAAACGUCAGAACGAACAGUGUCUUGACUCGAUCCGUCUUCAUCUUCGGACAGGAUCGUCGUUCCCCAAAUGUAUGCGUUGGCUGAUGUUCAUUUUUCUUUCAAAUUUCUGCAACUCCGUCGGCUGUGAGCCCUUUGGCGAUGAUUGAUUCGGGGAUCGCGUGUUCGUGACCAGCAGAAAGCUUGGCGUGUCUCACUUUUCCUUGAUGUGAGGAUUUCUGUGGAGGCAUCAGACUUCACUUCUCUUGAAGACUCCAAUUUCUUAUGAAAUGAAUUUCGUUUUCCGAGGGACUCGAGCAGACAUAGAAAGUGGCUUUUCUGAAUUCAUACCAGAAAGACGUUCUGUGCGUAUACAUGGAGGGCGGCAGGUUAAUUCAAACUCAAUGGCUUUCCUUAUUACAGUUGUGUUGCUGUUCAUGAUUCUAAAUUCACACCAAAUGUCCCCAAACUUUCUGCUUUGGAUAGGAUUGGCUGUUUUCUUUUUGGCGACAAGCCUUAGGAUGUAUGCAACUUGCCAACAGCUUCAAGCUCAUGCACAAGCUCAGGCUGCGGCCACAGCUAAUGGUCUUUUUGGUCACACCGAGUUGCGAUUGCAUGUGCCUCCAUCAAUGUCUUUUGCUACAAGAGGUAGAUUACAGGGUCUCAGGCUUCAGCUUGCUCUGCUUGACCGAGAAUUUGAUGAUCUAGAUUAUGAUGCUCUGAGGGCACUGGAUUCAGAUAAUUCUCCUGGAACUCCAUCGAUGACUGAGGAAGAGAUUAAUGCUCUUCCUGUUCACAAAUAUAAAGGUCAAUCUCGUCGAGCUCCAGUAAAUGAGUCACACAGUGAUAGUAUGUUUAUGCAACAUUCGUCCUCCUCCAGGAGUUCAGCAGAGAAGAAACAAGAGCCUGCUAAGUCAGAAGAAAAUGGGAAAGACACUCAAGAUGAAUUAACAUGUAGCAUUUGCUUGGAGCAAGUCAACAUUGGAGAACUCAUUCGUAGCUUGCCAUGCUUGCAUCAGUUCCACACAAACUGUAUUGAUCCAUGGUUACGACAACAAGGCACGUGUCCUGUCUGCAAAUUUAGGGCAGAUUCCAGAUGGCAAGAUAGCGGCGAUGGUGGGACACCCAUUGCAUCCAUGGUGUAAAUUGUUUUAAACGAUCAUGUUUAUGAGGAAUUGGGCUGGCAUUGGUGCCUUCUAACAUUGUUGUGUAUUUAACCUUUUAGCUAAGAAAAUUUUACAGCAGCACGUACUUGGUACAGUUCCAUUGGAGGAUCUUGAUGUCAUAUGGAAUUAUUAGUCAUUUGGUCUUGGGCCGGAUAAGCAACAAUGUAAUAUGACUUGUGCAUCCUGUUCUGUUUAUACACUAAGGAUGGAAUAGCGGUCCAUUAUCUGUA